GGGGCGUUUUCUUUGCUGUCAACUAACAUAAAACUCAACCUUUGCGGAUCAACCUCAAGAUCACAAAAGUUCUAUCGACCAUCUUAAAGGGGAGGUGUAAAACAUGGGAAAUCAUCAUUCAGAUACGGAGCACCAAGGCAAGGGCAACCAAGAAGCCAAACCAGAGAACACACCAAAACCAAAGAAAGAUGACUUAUGGAGCAACUUUCGAAAUAGGACCAAGGCUUCUGCAUCUACAGUGACUCAGACAUCUCCCUUCAACCCUGUGCCUCCAAACCUCUUCAAGGGAGUUCCGGACUUCACAAGCACAGCAACAGCAGCACCAGUGGGCAAAACACAGACGCCACCAGUGAAGACUCCACCUGCUCAGGAAAGACUUGUAAAACCAGACAGGACCCUAAACCCGGCAGUGCCCGAAUUUACACCCAUGGGACUGCACAGCCCAAGCCCGCUCUGGGAACCAAAAGAGCCACGCGCUUACAAUAUCACCUGGGAACGCCCAGGAAUCAACAGCCCAAUGCCUCCUUCCGUCUCCUCGUUUGGCUUUCCACCAGAAACCAAUGCCCCCCAACUGGAUUUCCAGAGAGCUGUUUCCCCCACCACCACGACUACCACAUCGGCAGCCCGUACUGUUGCUACUCCUGGUAAAAAAUGGUCUACCCCACGGUCCAAAACACCGCCCAUAGUUCCAAAGAAAUCCUGGCCUAAACCCCUACCACCUGUAACAUCUGUCAUACCACGGGAACCUGGGCCCAUUUUGCCACAGCCUCCUAUUAUGUCACCGAAGCCUGACACAAUAAUAGACAUUGAGGAAAACACAUCAACUCCUAUACGACCAUUCAGUUCUGUAGCCAAAAAUGUAGACCAAGUGCAAGUUUGCAAACAGUCUUCUACACCAACUGCAGAUAGCAAAACUGUUGCAAGUGAUCAGACUGCUAAAUCCCCACCAAACCAGGAGAUCAAUGCUGCAGCUCAAGAUAAAGACGGCAAAGACAAGGACAAAGCUAAGAUACAGAACUUUGUGUUGGAUGAACAAACAAAUGAACAAAUUUUGUCAAGGCUUGCUUAUGUAGAGCAGCAAGCUGCACUGGAUGCAAAGAAUCAGGCAGUGGUGCGCAAGGCCCUGCAUGGAGCUUCCUUUGCAGAGGCAGUGAAGACAUCCCAGCCAAAGGUCAACUCUGCCCGACGUGAAGCUAAGGCAAAGUCAUCCAAAAAGGCUAAGGCAUCCAAAUCGGCCAAGCAGGCACAAACACAGACUGCCGCAAGCCCCACGGAGGGAGGUAGCACCGGCAGUGACCCGCCGCCAGAACCUGCCAACAAUUCAUCCACAAGUCAUCUUCAGUUAAGAGAAACACUUGACAUGGCUGUUACCCAUACAGGAAAUGUAAAGGCAACUCCUGAGCAGAUGACAUGUCCUCCUCUAAAUGAAGAGUCUGCCAUCUCUCCUACCAACAUUGAAAGAGAAGCAAGACAGUUGACGAAGAGUGCCAUAUCGAAGGUUUGUCCUGAAGACCACAACCAAACCCAAAACUCAUGCUCAGUGUCGACAAAGAGUCCUUCUGCUAUGGGGAAAACUCUAUCCCCAUCUGGCGAAGCAGGAAAUACACAUACUUCUAUAAGCAUGGCUGUACCAAGUAAAUCACCUGCAGGUGACUUGAAAGGCAGCAGUGCCUCAUCUCACCAAAGCAAACCAAAGCAAACACCUCAGUCAGCUCAAACUAAACCGCUUCAAACCAAAGUGAGGUUUCUAGAGCAAGUAUCCAGAAUUGAUGGAGAGAAGGCAGAGCACAGUUCACCUUUGCAAGUCAACUCUGAUCCAGGCCCAAAAGAAGAGUGUGCUGCCAUGGACACUUCAGCAGACCUUAUAGAAUUUUCUGAUGGGAGGACUAUUUUUUUCACUUGUGAGCCACCAAAGACCACAUCGCCUCCAUCGAAAUAUCUCAACCCAGAGGCGGCAUGCUUCGAUCCUGAUAGAAUACCCUCUCCUCCUCCAUAUCCUUAUCCCAAGGGCAUACAUGCUCUACCUGGUAGACAUUACCUUACCUUAACUGGUGAGCAUGUCCCUGCCAUUCCACUUCCCGAAGGCCAACCCAGUGUGUCAGCUCAGGUUGAUCCUAUUCCUGAAAGUACCACGCACGAGCAAGAAACAAAGCAGCUACCAAACAAUCCAGCUCCUCAGCCCACAACUGCAGAAACAAAUGAGGUUUCUGAAACAAAUCAACACAAGAGCACAGAAGAAAAGGCACCAGUCCAACCAUCUCCUCCAGCAUCACCACAACCUCCACCACGCCCCGAAGGUCGCUGGCAUCGCUUCACAACUGAUCGGACGUGUGUGCAGAGGGUUCGCUGCCAGCACCGUCAGAAUGGCAGUCUACCCAAGAAUGUCUUGCAAUGGCAAAAUGUGACUCAGAACUACCUGUGUGAGCCACCCUGGGUCACCACGGCAUCGCUGGCAGCUUCUAUUGCUUUGAGUGCACGGCUGGAUAGGGAGGAUUCCCGUCAGUAAAACAGUAAGAAUAAUAAAAGAUGAUUUUAUUUUUUUGGAAAACAUUCGCUAUUUUCUUGCAAUCUUGACCAGGAACCAUGGACACACAUUCAUAUCAAUAGAGUAAAUGGUAAACUAAUGCAACUUUGAUACGCACAUAGGUUUUACUUUAUUUAUUUUUUUAAUAAAAACAAUACAUGAG